AUGUCGGACCACACAUACAACUUCAACAUCACCAUGACCUGCGGCGGGUGCUCCGGCGCUGUUGAGCGUGUCCUCAAGAAGCUCGAUGGUGUCAAGUCGUUCGACGUUUCCCUCGAUAGCCAAACCGCAUCAGUUGUCACCGAACCGAGCCUCGAUUACACCACUGUCCUUGAGAAGAUUAAGAAGACUGGCAAGAAGGUCAACUCUGGCGAGGCCGACGGCCAAGCACAAGCCGUCUGA